GUCCCAUCUCUCUGUCAGUCUCCCAGCCCCUCCGUCUCCGCGUCCGUCUGCGCCUUCCACGGCUGCCUCGUUCGUCGUCAGUCAGUGAGGGAGAUGCUGAAGAGACGCUUCAGCGAGUUCGUCUUGGGCCGCCAGGAAGUCGUCACGGGCAAGUCCGACCUGCAGGCUGCCCGGGAGAGUUCCAUCCGCCACUGGAGCUCGGCGCAGGAGCUUGCGUACUUGUGGUGCGACAGCAGCGACUCGGACGAGUCCCGCGAUUCCCUCGAGUCCGUGCGCGCCGCCCACGCGGGACAGCCGCGCAGGAGCAGCUACUAUUACGUCUCCGACGAGGAUGAUUGUGGUGGUGGUGGUCAUAAUGAUGACGAUGAUGGUGGCGGGGGUGGUGGUGGUCAUCAUCGUCGUCAUCGCGAGCACGGGACUGACUCCGAAGAUGAUGGUGAAGGUCAUGGCCACCAUCACGGUCAUUGUCAUCAUGAGCUCCAAGACGCUGGGAGAGAAGACGGCAGCGGAGAUGAAACCCGAGGAGGUGGGAGUGGCAGAAGCAGCAGCAGCAGGAGCGUCACUUACGACGGCGGCGCCCUUCCCAGGAGGCGCACCGCGGACGUGAGCGCGCCCCCGGCUCCCGACGCGUGCAGGGGGCCCGGUGGGAGGCUGCUCCGCAUCAACGUGGGAGGGAAGCGAUUUCGCAUUCCCAGGCACGCGGUGACCAAGUACCCGAGGACCAGGCUGGGCCGCUUGGCCGGCCACACGGAGCAGGAGAGGCGCCUGGACCUGUGCGACGACUUCUCACCGAGCCGGCGCGAGUACUUCUUCGACCGCGACCCGCUGGCGUUCGCGCACGUCUUCAACUGGUACAGCGCCGGCACGCUGUGGGUGCGCGACUCGCUGUGCCCGCGCAACUUCAUCGAGGAGCUCGAGUACUGGGGCGUCAGGCCCCGUCACGCCAAGCUCUGCUGCAGAAUCCUCUUCGAGGAGCGGCAGGACGAGAUCUCGGACUUCCUCAAGGUCCAGCGAGAGCUCGAGGACGAGCUGGAGAGCGAGACGAGCGACGAUUGCUUCGACGGGAUGCGCAUGGGCGAGGUGCGCCGCGGCCUCUGGACCCUCACGGAGAAGCCCUUGUCUUCCUUCGCCUCCAAGCUCGUGUCCGUCACGUCCACCCUGUUCCUGCUGCUGUCCAUCGCGGCGAUGACCCUGAACACGAUGAGCGACGGACUGUUCGGAAGCGGAGCUGGCGGCGCGGCUGCGGCGGCGUGGGGCAACCAUCCCACGCCGCUCGACCACGUGGAGACCGUGUGCAUCGCCUUCUUCACCGCCGAGUAUCUGCUGCGGCUGCUCUGCACGCCCAACCUCAGGCGCUUCAUGCGCAGCGUCCUCAAUGCCGUCGACGUCAUCGCCAUCAUCCCCUUCUACAUCCAGGUGAUGUUCGAGCAGGUGGUGAGCGACCGCUUCGACGUGGAGGUGCGCACCGUGGAGAAGGUCGGCAAGCUGGGCCAGGUGCUGCGCAUCAUGAGGCUCAUGCGCAUCUUCCGCAUCCUCAAGCUGGCGCGCCACUCAACGGGGAUGCGAGCGUUCGGUUUCACGCUGCGCCAGUGCUACCACCAGGUCGGCUGCCUCUUCCUCUUCAUCGCCAUCGGCAUCUUCAUCUUCUCGGCGCUGGUGCACUCGGCAGAGCACGACUCGCCCGGCACCAACUUCACCAGCAUCCCCGGCUCGUGGUGGUGGGCCGCGGUGAGCAUCUCGCAAGUGGGCUACGGCGAUAUCUACCCGGAGACAGUGCUGGGCCAGGCGUUCGCCUUCUGCUGCAUCUCGUUCGGCAUCAUCCUCAACAGCCUGCCCAUCUCCAUCCUGUACAACAAGUUCUCGGGCUACUACAACAAGCUCAAGGAGCACGAGUGCACAUCGCGGCCGCGGCAGCGGGGCCGCCUCGACAUCAGCAGCCGCGCCUACCGCAAGCUGUCGCGCGUGCUCAGCAUCUGA